AGGCAGCUCCGCUGGGAGGCAGGAAGGAAGAGACGCUUUCAGAGGAGUCCCUGUAAACAGACACAACCAUGCCUGAGCCCCAGAAGCCAGAAGCCGAGGGCGACGAGGCUGCAGCACCCCCUGCUGACCAGAAAGAGGAGUCAUCUGAUGAGGAAGCAGGAGAGGAUUCUCAGCAGUCGGGGACGUCCGGUCUGUUUGUCGUGAAGCCGGAGAGCGUCACUGCUACCAAAGGGAGGGACAUUACKUUUGUGGUAAAAGUGGACGCGUCCAGCCUGCCAAGGAAGCCGGGGAUGAAAUGGUUAAAGGGGAAGUGGCUGGACCUGGCGAGCAAAGCUGGAAAACACAUUCAGUUUAAAGAGUCUUAUGACAGAAACACCAAGAUCUACACUUACGAGAUGAGCAUCAUCAAAGUGGUGGACGGAGACGCAGGUGGCUACCGCUGCGAGGUCACCUCCAAAGACAAGUGCGACAGCUGCGCAUUCGAAGUGUGCGUGCAGGCUGCACAGGAGGACCAGCAGGACAACAUCUUGGAGGCUUUUAAGCGAUCCGGGGAUGCAGAUGAGGAUGCUGGUGACCUCGACUUCAGCGUGCUGCUCAAAAAAAGGAAGGAGAAGAAGCCGGAGGAGCCAAGAGAAGAAGUGGAUGUUUGGGAAAUCCUAAAGGCAGCCAAGCCCUGCGACUACGAGAAGAUUGCCUUUCAGUACGGCAUCACAGACCUGAGGGGCAUGCUGAAGAGGCUGAAGAAGAUGAAGGCAGAGCAGAAGAAGAGUGACGCUUUCCUGACCAAGCUGGAUUCGGCGUACUCUGUGGAAAAGGGCAAGAAGAUCCAGCUCACAGUGGAGUUGGCUGACCCCACAGCUUCAGUCAAGUGGUUCAAAAACGGGCAAGAAAUCAAACCGUCAGCCAAGUAUGUGUUCGAGAGCGUGGGCAACAAGCGGUCACUCACCAUCAACAAGUGCAACCUGUCGGAUGACGCGGCAUACGAGUGCGUGGUCGGGGAGGAGAAGUGCUUCACGGAGGUUUUUGUCAAAGACCCUCCGGUCACCAUCACCAAGCCCCUGGAUGAUGUUCACACUGUGGUGGGGGAGAAGGUGGAGUUUGAGGUGGAGGUGUCAGAAGAAGGAGCCAARGUUAAAUGGAUGAAGGACGGGGUGGAGCUGAACAGAGACACGGCAGGUUCAAAGUACAGGUUGAAAAAAGACGGAAUGAAGCACAUUUUGAUCAUAAAUGAAGCCACGAAGGAGGACAUCGGGACGUACUACGCCUUCACCAACGGAGGGGAGUCCAAGGCGGAACUGGAGGUUGAAGAUAAGGAGCUGGAGAUCCUGCAGAGCAUGGCRGACCUGACGGUGAAGGCAGCGGAGCAGGCUGUGUUCAAGUGCGAGGUGUCCGAUGAAAACGUGACGGGAAAAUGGUUCAAGGACGGCGUCGAGGUCCAGACCAGCGACCGGAUCAAGAUCGCCCAUAUCGGAAGGACCCACAAGCUGACGAUUGAUGACGUGACGCCGUCAGAUGCAGGAGAUUAUACGUUUGUCCCAGACGGUUACGCCCUGACUCUUUCUGCAAAGCUUCACUUCCUGGAGAUCAAGAUUGAAUAUGUUCCCAAAGAAGAUCCUCCCAAAAUUCACAUGGACACCGGCAGCGGAGGCACGAACACCAUCACAGUGGUGGCUGGAAACAAGCUCCGUUUUGACGUGGAGAUCACAGGAGAGCCAGCUCCCGACGUGUGCUGGAUGAAAGGAGAUCAGGUGGUUUCUGAGGCUGAGGGACGGGUCCGCGUGGAGAAGGAUAAGACCCUGUGCAGCUUCAUGAUCGACGGGGCGUUGAGAGAAGAUGAGGGGAUCUAUACCAUCAGCGUGACCAACCCUGCAGGCGAGGACAAGGCUGAACUCUUCGUCAAGAUUGUGGAUGUGCCCAACUCCCCGGGGAAUGCAAAGUGCACAUCAGUUGGCGAGGACUCUGCCGUGAUCACAUGGGACCCUCCCUCGUUCGACGGUGGCGUUCCUGUUAAAGGGUAUCUGAUGGAGAGGAGGAAAGUCGGCUCAUCCAGGUGGACCAAGCUGAACUUUGACGUUCACGAGUCCACCACGUACGAGGCGAAGAAGAUGAUUGAAGGUGUGCUUUAUGAAAUGAGGGUGUUCGCAGUCAACGGCAUCGGCGUGUCUCAGCCCAGCGCAACCACCGAGCCCUUCAUGCCCAUCGCCCCCACCAGCGAGCCCACUCGUCUCGUGGUGGAAGACGUGACAGACACGACCUGCGCGCUCAAGUGGCGACCUCCAGAAAAAAUUGGAGCGGGCGGCAUUGAUGGCUACAUCAUCGAGUACUGCAAAGAUGGAGGAGACCAGUGGAUUCAGGUCAACGAGAAGCCGGUGGAACAGAACCAGUUCCGGGUCAAAGGUCUCCCAGUGGGGGAGAAGAUGCUGUUCAGAGUGGUGGCCAUAAACAUCGCGGGRCGCAGCCCCCCCGCCACUCUGUCUCAGGCCGUCACCAUCAGGGAGGUCGUGGAGAACCCAAGGAUUCGUCUUCCUCGAAACCUGAGAACAAAACUCAUCACUCUUGUGGGCGAGAAGGUGAACCUGGUCAUCCCGUUCCAGAGAAACCCGGCCCGCCCAUCAACGUGCGUGUCACAGACGUCUGGGGCUUCAACGCUGCGCUGGAGUGGAAGCCGCCCAAAGAUGAUGGCAACUGUGAGAUUAUCGGCUACACCGUGCAGAAACGUGACACGAAGACGAAGGAGUGGUUCACGGUGCACGAGCACAACCGCCGGCCCAGCUGCACCGUGUCAGACCUGAUCAUGGGGAACGAGUACUCCUUUCAGGUGUUCAGCGAAAACAUCUGUGGCCUGAGCAACGACCCUGGAAUCAGCAAGAACACCGCRGUGGUUCUGAAAACAGGCCUGAUGUAUAAUCCUAAAGCCUUCAAAGAGACGGACAUGAGUCGUUCCCCCAAAUUCAUAGCUCCUCUGGUGGACCGAAGCGUGGUCGCAGGCUACACUGCAGCCAUCAGCUGUGCUGUUCGUGGAAACCCAAAGUUCACCAAGAGAAAGGAGAAGAGGCGAAGAAAUGAGUGAAACAGCCGAGGAAGUGGCUGAACAGUAAUGGGUUAUGUAGAACGGGGCAGCCAUGAAUAAAUAUGAUCAGAGGAGAUGACUGCUGAGGCUCCACAUAUGCUUGACGAAUCAGUGAUGUGCCAUAAAUUCUUGCAGCGAGCUGCUGCCUCGUUGCAUCCGUCCUGCAUGUAGACGGACCCCCCCCCCCCUGCUGUGACCACACACAGACCGGCCCGUCCCAUCUGUGAAGUGGACCUGUCACUGAACACASUUAUAAAGCAGCCUCCUGUCCAUUACCA